AUGAUGUCACAAACUAACGGUAUUACUACAGCCAUAAUAAAUAAUAAUAAUAAGAUUAAUAUUAAUGAAAAUGAUACUAAUUGUGAUAAUGAUUUGGAAGUCUUACAAAAUCUUCAAACAUUAGUUCCAGAAAUAAAACAAAAUUUUAUUUUAAUUUCUCAACAAUUUACACAAUUUAUUAAUUAUACAAAAAAUUUUAAUAAACUUUCUUCAACAAUUCAAUUAAUGCAAUUACAACAAGAACAACUUGAAAAAGAAUUAGAACAAUUAAAAAAAGAUCAAGUUGACAUUAAUAAACAAUUAGAAAUAAAUGCUGAUAAUCGAAUAUAUCUUGAUGUUGGUGGACAAGUAUUUACGACAACUAUUAGAACAUUAACACAACAAAUAAAUUCACCAUUUUUUAAAGUUUUUAUUACAGAAAAAUGGAAUAAAACAAAUUCUAUUGACAAUCCAAUAUUUAUUGAUCGUGAUGGACGCUUAUUCGAUCAUAUUCUUAAAUAUCUUCGAACAGGUGAACUUAUUAUUGAAGAUAAAAUCGUACGAAAAGAAUUAUUAAUUGAAGCGAAAUAUUAUAAAUUACAAAAUUUAGAAGAUGAUUUAAAUCUCAUGAUAAAAAAAGAAGAAUCAUUUAUAAAUAUGAAUCCAUUUAGUAGUACUAGUCAAUCACCACCAUGUAGUCCUGGACCAAUGAUUAAUAGAUCACGUUCAUCACCAUAUUCACCUAUUCCAACACCUAAUAAUAUAGUACGUACAUCACCAUUUAAUCAAUCUCUACCUUUAAAAUCGAAACCUCAUCCAGCUCAAACAGCAUCAUCAUGGAGAUCGUGUGUAUCGUCAGAAAAUCGAUUAAAUUAUUUUCCUGGAAGUUUGUUAUUAACUCCUGAAUAUGAAGAAAAACUUAUUGAAUUUAUGGGUAAUGAUAUUCCAAUAGCACCACAAGAUCAAACAUGGCAAUUAAUUUAUCGAGCAAGUGAACAUGGAUAUGAUGCAGCUGAUUUUCAUCGUUGUUGUGAAUCUUAUGCUCCAACAGUAUCAAUAAUUCAAACUGAUUUUGGAAAUAUUUUUGGUGGUUUUACAUCAAUACCAUGGAGUUCAGCAACAAUACGAGCUGAUCAAGCUGAUCCAACAGCAUUUUUAUUUACAUUAAAAAAUACAUUUAAUAUUUCACCAACAAAAUUUCCCGUCGCUAAAGAAUAUCAACAAUGUGCAAUAAGUCAUAAUCCAACAUGUGGUCCUAAUUUUGGUUCUCCAAAGAAUGAAGGCAGUGAUUUAUGUUUAAGAAAUCGAUUUAAUGAUAAAACUAAUUGUAUAUUUUUUCCCAAAAGUUACAUUGAUACAACUAAUCAAGGUGGUUUAAUAUUUGCAAAAAAAUACUUUGCAUGUAAAGAAGUCGAAAUAUAUACUCUCACAAACAAUAAUUAA